GGGAAACGAGGCCGGAGCUGCGGGUGCUUUUUCUGCCCGCGGUGUCUCAGAUUCAUUCUUAAGGAACUGAGAACUUAAUCUUACAAAAUGUCAAAAAGACCAUCUUAUGCCCCACCUCCCACCCCAGCUCCUGCAACACAAAUGCCCAGCACACCAGGGUUUGUGGGAUACAAUCCAUACAGUCAUCUCGCCUACAACAACUACAGGCUGGGAGGGAACCCAGGCACCAACAGCCGGGUCACGGCAUCCUCUGGUAUUACGAUUCCAAAACCCCCAAAGCCACCAGAUAAGCCGCUGAUGCCCUACAUGAGGUACAGCAGAAAGGUCUGGGACCAAGUAAAAGCUUCCAACCCUGACCUAAAGUUGUGGGAGAUUGGCAAGAUUAUUGGUGGUAUGUGGCGAGAUCUCACUGAUGAAGAAAAACAAGAAUAUUUAAACGAAUACGAAGCAGAAAAGAUAGAGUACAAUGAAUCUAUGAAGGCCUAUCAUAAUUCCCCCGCAUACCUUGCUUACAUAAAUGCAAAAAGUCGUGCAGAAGCUGCUUUAGAGGAAGAAAGUCGACAGAGACAGUCUCGCAUGGAGAAAGGAGAACCGUACAUGAGCAUUCAGCCUGCUGAAGAUCCAGACGAUUAUGAUGAUGGCUUCUCAAUGAAGCAUACAGCCACCGCCCGUUUCCAGAGAAACCACCGCCUCAUCAGUGAAAUCCUUAGUGAGAGUGUGGUGCCAGACGUCCGUUCAGUUGUCACAACAGCUAGAAUGCAGGUCCUCAAACGACAGGUCCAGUCCUUAAUGGUUCAUCAGCGAAAACUAGAAGCUGAACUUCUUCAAAUAGAGGAGCGACACCAGGAAAAGAAGAGGAAAUUCCUGGAAAGCACAGAUUCAUUUAACAAUGAACUUAAAAGGUUGUGCGGUUUGAAAGUCGAAGUGGACAUGGAAAAAAUUGCCGCUGAAAUUGCACAGGCAGAGGAACAGGCUCGAAAACGGCAGGAGGAAAGAGAGAAAGAAGCAGCAGAGCAAGCUGAACGCAGUCAGAGCAGCAUGGUUCCUGAGGAAGAGCAAGCUGCUAGUAAGAGCGAGGAGAAGAAGGACGACGAGAGCAUCCCGAUGGAGACAGAGGAGACACACCUUGAAGAAGCAACGGAAAGCCAACAGAAUGGUGAAGAAGGCACAUCUACUCCUGAGGACAAGGAGAGCGGGCAGGAGGGGGUGAACAGUAUGGCUGAGGAGGGGACCAGUGACAGUAACACUGGCUCAGAGAGCAACAGUGCCACAGUGGAGGAGCCGCCCGCAGACCCCGUGCCGGAAGACGAGAAGAAAGAAUAAAUGUUGCCUUGUUUUAUGUGUUCUAAAUACUUUUUUAAACGGAAAAAAAAAGAUGUUUUUUGAGUUUUAAUGGUGUUAUGUGGUUUGUGUACUAAUAUUUUUCUUGUCCAUAUCGCACCACCAAAGGCUUUUGGACCAUUUAGCAUCACAAGCCAAAUGGCACAGUCCCCUUUCUUAAGCCUUUGUGAAGAUGGUUCUUUUCUUUGGGUCUUA